CCGAGCAGGCACCAUCCUGCAGCAGCAACCCUUUCUCUCGACCCCCUGCACCCCCAGGAAGAAGACCAUCUACAAAACGGUUUGCCUCUCCUUCUUGCUGGUGAUCACGGUGACAGUGCUGCAACGGGGAAUGGCCCCCAGCCAGUUCAUGCAGGGCCAGCAGCAGAAAGAGCUGCCCCCUCCAGAGCCCCUGAAAACACAGAAGAGAGACAAUUCCUUCUCCAUCACCAGCACUUUCUGGAAAAGCAAGAAGGAGAAAGCUCCUGUGAAGGAGGAGGAGAGCGUGACAGCAAAGCAAGCCAAAUCCUGGGAUGUCACCACUACCAACUGCUCAGCCAACCAGAACUUCAGCAAGGUGGACUGGUUCAAAGGGCUGGAGCCCAACUUUCAGCAGUUCCUGCUUUAUCGGCACUGCCGCUACUUCCCCAUGCUGAUCAACCACCCCGAGAAAUGCAGCGGGGAUGUCUACCUGCUCAUCGUGGUCAAGUCUAUCAUCACGCAGCAUGACCGCCGCGAGGCCAUCCGGAGGACCUGGGGCCAGGAGAAGGAGGUGGAGGGCAAGAGGAUCAGGACGCUAUUCUUGUUGGGCACAGCCUCUAAGGAAGAGGAGAGAGCCAACUACCAGAAACUGCUGGAUUACGAGAACCACAUCUAUGGAGACAUCCUGCAGUGGGAUUUCCUGGACAGUUUCUUCAACCUCACUCUCAAAGAGGUCCAUUUCCUGAAGUGGCUGAACAUCUACUGUGACAACGUCCACUUCAUCUUCAAAGGUGAUGACGAUGUGUUUGUGAGUCCCAGCAACAUCCUGGAGUUCCUGGAGGACAAGAAGGAGGGAGAGGAUCUCUUUGUGGGGGAUGUCCUCUACAAAGCCAAGCCAAUCCGGAAGAAGGAGAACAAGUACUACAUCCCCAGUGCCCUCUACAACAAAAGCAACUACCCACCCUAUGCAGGGGGUGGGGGCUUCAUCAUGGAUGGACCCCUGGCCAAGAGGCUGCAUAAGACCUCGGAGACGCUGGAGCUGUACCCUAUUGACGACGUCUUCCUAGGGAUGUGCUUGGAGGUCCUUAAAGUAUCACCUGUUGGGCACGAGGGCUUCAAAACUUUUGGCAUUGUGAAGAACAAGAACAGCAAGAUGAACAAGGAGCCAUGUUUUUUCCGGAGUAUGUUGGUAGUUCAUAAACUGCUGCCUCCAGAGUUGCUCCAAAUGUGGGACUUGGUCCAUAGUAACUUGACAUGCUCGAGAAAACUCAACGUCCUUUAGCUCAGUCUCUCUGGAGAGCUGGGACUGGAGGGGCCAGGACAACCCAUCCCUGCUCCGGGGUGGGGUGAGCCUCUGCUGGUGGCACACAAAUCCUUCAGGGGCAACUCCCUCCGGGGCAAGGAGGGCAGAGACACUGCGCUCGCGGGCAGGGUUUGCGAUAGUGUUUGUUCCUGUACUGUAAUGUGGUUUGCUUAUCUCCAGCUGGGUUGGGGGUUGCUGAAAAAAAGAGAAAAAAAAAAAACAAACACAACAAAUCUAGCACAGAAUGAGAGAGAGAGGGUAGAGGCAUUUGUGUACUAGAGGCUUUAGGUACCACAUCCACCGGAGCCUGAUGAACGGUGGGGUGGGGGGAAGCAGGGAGGGAUGUGGCACAGGCAUUUUUUUUUUUUUGGAGAUGUUCAGGGUCUGGCUAUCCAGGGAAGCUGCUCCAAGGGAGUUGAGCAGUUUACAAGAGCAUGAACAUCCCAUGACUCAAAAGUCAAGGGGAUUUUGUUAUCUCAAAUUUCUACUCCAUGCAAGGUUUUAGUGACAUUGACCCUGUGUGCAUUGGGUUCACCCCUGCUAAAGUCCUCUCUGUGUCCCCACUACGUGGCUGGGGAAAGGGCUCUCCUCUGAGACCAGGCCUCAUCAGCCCUGAGCCCCUGUUAAGAGUUUCAGCCAGGCAGUUGGGGGAUUGGGGUCUUUGUCCUUGACAGAGUGUCCCAGAUGAUGGUGGCUCCCAGCACCAGCCCAGGCUGUGCUUGGCUCCCCAGCCCCUCUGUGGCCUUGCUGUGCAUGCACUCAGAGGAAUGUACCCAAAAUUCCUCAGGAAUUUAUUCCUCCUGUCAGGAAAGGGAAGGGGUGAGGCAGGCUGCCCUUGCCCACAGCCAGGGAAGUGGCAGAGAAACUUGGUUGGCCCCAGCUAGAGUGGCUCAGGGGCUUAUCACCUCAACUUGGGUGCAGGCACCCCAGGGGUCUCUCCUUGCAGCAGGGCUGCCCUGGUGGGGUAACUUCGGAGGGGGACAACAGCCCCCAAUGAUCCCGGCCAUGGCUAAUUUGGGCUCAGCCCUGGUUUUGCAGCGAGCACAAUGCUCCAGGACAGGCUGGCAAGCAUCAGUCCCGCUGUGGAACAGGGUCCAGGGUGAAGGAGGGCUGGUGUUUCACACCACAUCUGCUCCUCUCAGGGUUGUUGUGUUUAUUCUACAGGAUGAGGCCCAGAAGCAUGACAGGGAGUGGUAUCAUGAGACA